AUGCGCCCGUUAUGGCAGUUUUUGCUUUUCUACACGUUCAUUCGAAAUGUUUCUGGAGAUGAUUGCUCAGGUUAGUUUAUUUGAAGAAUGUUCGUGCAUGUGUUUGUGAAGAUUUUAACAAAUUUCAAGAAUUUUCAAUUAGUUUUAAAAUAAUAUUUCCGUUUUAAUUUGGAUUAAAAUUCCUGAUUUAGGAGUACAUUUCUGCAACAAAAAAAUAUUUGAAGAACCAUAGCUACAUAUGUUUUCAAUACAGAAAGAUUAACACCAAUUUUCAAUGUUCAAAGUACAUCUAAAAUUAGCAGUAGCUAGGCUAACACAAAUACCUACUAUAUAACUUUGCCUAACUCAUAAUUAUCAUUACUCUAUGAUUAAAUAUUAUUUUUAUAUUUUGCCAGGGACAAUCGAGAUUCAAGCAAGCGAAACACCAAAAUAUAUAUCAACUCCAAAUUAUUCGAAUUUGUUAUUGGACAAUUCAACGUAUCCGCCUUUUUUAGAUUGCAGAUUUGUUAUCAAAGCACCUGAUAAAAAUCGAAUUUUGAUAGAAGUUAUAAAUCUUGAAAUGGAAACCAAGUUAUUUUCAUCGUGUGUUGAUUAUGUUGCAAUUUAUGAAGGUAACGUGAAACGUGAAAAGUGCGAAAAAGAAGUGUUAUUUCAUAAUAGCUGUUAGACAUGCCACCCAACCACGCAAAUGUCAAAUAUCACAUAAAUAUUUCAGAUCUUCCUGAUAAUAAUAAUAAUACCGAAAGUUUGGUUGCUCAAUUCUGUGAACAGGUCAAAAAUCGACAAGUGAUUUCGAAUUUGAAUCGGGUUGUGAUUGAAUUCAAGUCAGAUGAUUUAUAUCAAUAUGGUGGAGCUAAUAUUAGUGUUCGAAGUAUUGGUAAGGUUUUUGAAUUUGGGUGUGCGAGAGAUUGAGAAAAUCUAAAAAAAAAGGCUCAUUUUGAAUUUCGUUUUUCAGAAAAAAAAAACCAGUACACAAAAUUUGAAAAAAAACUUUGAGCCAAAAAUUAUACUAAUUUUUGUCAUGCUGAAGCCCAAUUUUCUAGAUAUAACGAUUUUAUUUUUUCCUGAACUCACUUUCAAUUUUUUCCAGAUUACAAAGACUGCCCAACUGGAUGGCUCAAUUACAGAAAUGAAACAUGCAUCAAACUAUCAGAUCCUAAUGAUAAAGUGGAUUGGAUAACUGCACAAAACCGAUGUCUACAACAAAAAUCGAAUCUUCUCAUGUUGGAAACUAGUGAACUUUAUUCAUUUGUAUACAGUUAGUUUUUUUUUCUUUUUCGAAUAAUCCCAACAAAAACCCAUGUUUUUCUAGAUCACUUUAACUAUGUGCUCACAAAUAUCUGGAUAGGUUAUCAUGAUGGAAAAACAGAGACAAGAAUUGAUAAAAUUGACGGAGCUCCCGGAGAGCCUAAUGGAUCGUGAGUUGUCUUCUGAACGUCAAAAUGUAAUUUUAAAUUUAAAAAAAAAACUUAUUCAGAAUGUUGGACUCAUUCCAAUUAAGUGAUAACAAUGAUGAGAAUGAUUGUAUGGCUCUCGAUUUUGGCAAUAAUAUACAUUAUAAAAUGGAUAAAUGUUCAAAUAAUCAUAUGUAUAUUUGUCAUAUGGAGAGAGGUAUGGUACACUCUGAAAUUUUUGAAUCAUUCCAUAUCAUUUUUUCAGAUUGGAACACUACACUGUACCCUGUUCCUGAAAAUGAUUUACGUGAGGGGUUGUACUCGAAAGCAUCACAAUAUUCAUUAUGGAUUUUAUUAUUUGUUAUAGGCUUAUUAUUUUUGACAAUCUUGGCGUUUUUGUGUUUCUGUAAGUUUUUAAAUUUGAAGAUAUUUAAAGUCUACUCAUAAUUUUCAGUGUGUUGGAAGCAAAAAGAUUCAAAUCGUAUUCAUGAUGAAUCAGCGACAAUUCAGCAAAACGCAUUUAUGAAUGAUUCAAAUCAAACAUCAUCUCAACCUCCAGCAGCACAACAAGCACAAACCAGAAUCUCACCAUCUCCAGUUUCUCCACAACAAAUUCAACAACCAGCUCAAGGAUCAAUGCCGAAUAGUUCAAGAGUAAUUGAAAAAGUUCCAAUGAUUAGAUCUGCUGAUAAGAACAAGAAACAGUUCCCGGUAGCAGUUGGGCCAAGAAGAGUUCCAAUGUCUGAAGAACCAUCUGGCGAAACUGCUGGAAUUGAAGGUGAAACGAAUAUAAUGCAGAGUCGGGCAGUUGGAAAUGAUUCAGAAGAGCAUUUGGUGCCCGCGACGAAACCGAGAACACUUCCACCUAUGAUGCCACCAAGAGAAGGAACAUUCCAGAGUAUUAUUACAAGGUUAGGAUUUUCUAGAAUUCUAUAAUUGUUUUGAAAAGGUGGCAACUUGAAAAUUGAAGUUUUUUAUUUCAAGUUUCUUUGAAAAAUAUAAAUAAUUUUUCUCACAUUCAGAUUUUUCCAUGAAGCUUAUUUUUCAAUAGAAAUUUCGAAAAAUAACACUUAUCCAAAUUUUUCAUCAUCGUUCAAUUCAAUAUUUCCAGAGAUGGCAGUACAAUUCAAACUCGUCGAAAUCGAGAACGCUUCGAUCGUCCAGUCAUGCACGUUCUGGACAAUGUUUCAGCAAUAUCACUUGACGAAUUCUGGAGCAACAAAAAACCAUAG